GACGAGGUGCAUGAGCGGGAUAAAUUCGCAGACUUCAUGCUCAUCAUUCUUAGGGACCUGCUGCGCCUGCAUCCCACUCUCAAGCUGGUUCUAAUGAGUGCAACCCUAGAUGCUGGGCUGUUUGCAAACUAUUUUGGGGGCUGCCCGGUCAUCAACGUUCCUGGCUUCACAUAUCCGGUGCGUUCUCUGUACCUGGAAGAUAUCCUUCGCAUCACAAAUUACGGCAACAAUUUCGCUGGUGGGGCCUUCAAUAAAGGAGCACUGCAAGCUAUGGAUAUUGAAAGGGAAGCAGCAGCACAAGCCGAUGUGCACGUGGGAGGAGGGGGUGAGGGAGAGGGAGAGGGAGAAGGGGAGGAGCAAGGAGAGGAAGAGGUGGAGGAAGGGGAGGUGGGGGAAGACGAGGAGGAGGAAGGGGAGGAAUCAGGCGGGGAGGAGGGAGAGGGGGAGGGCAAGGAGGGGGGAAAGGAAACAGCAGGGGUGAAGGCGGGGGAGGAGGAGGAGGAGGAUGAGGUGGAGGAAGGGGAGGUGAUAGGUCUAACGGCAAAGGACGCAGCAGCCAUGGAUGAGGCGAUAAGACUUGCUUGGAUGGCGGAUGAUUUCGAUGAUUUAAUGGAGCUAGUGGUAUCAGGGCAUGAAGAGGCGAAGCUGCAGGGAAUGAUGAGUAGAAUGAUGAUGGCAGCAGCACAGAGCAGCGGUGACAGCGGUGGCAAGGGAAGAGCAGAGGAGGUGGAGAUGCUGCUAUCGCUGGGUGCCGAUGUGACUCUCACUUCCGAUGAGGGCAGCACGGCCCUUGACUGGGCGCGCAUGUACGCCCAUGAAGCAGUGCGCCGGAUUCUUGAGAGAUGCUUUCUCGCUCUCACCUCCUCCUCCUCUCCUCCUCUCACCCUUAGCCUCCCCUCCUCUCCUCUCUUCCCCCUCGCCCCCUCCCCCUUCAAUCGCCAACAGGCAAGGGAAGAGCAGAUGAGAAACACUUCUCCUCUCCCCCCAUCCCUCAAUCUUACUCCCCUUGAACGACCAACAGGCAAGGGAAGAACGGAGGAGGUGGAAAUGCUGUUAUCCCUGGGAGCAGAUGUGACUCUCACAUCAGAUGAGGGCAGCACGGCGCUUGACUGGGCUCGCAUGUAUGGCCAUGAUGCUGUGUGCCGGAUUCUUGAGAGACACAUGGAGGUGUUGGGUUUGGGAGUGCUGGAGGAGGGAGAGGAGAUUGAGGAGGGGGAGGAAGGGGAGGAGAGGGGAAUGGAUGAGGGGGAGGGAAUGCAGGAAGAGAAGGACAAGAGGCAGGGAGAGGUAUCCAAGCCCGACGCGACAACUGAUGCCGUUGCUGCUGCUGCUGCUGCUGCUGCUGCUGCUGCUGCUGCUGCUGCUGCUGCUGCUAUGGCUGUGCCUUUGAGUGCAGAAGCAGCGAGGCUGGCAGCACAGGAGCAAGUGGCGCUCUCCUUAUACCAAGCCUCUGUGGAUCAUGAUGAGGUGGAUCUGGCCCUCAUCCACCUCCUGCUGACUAGGAUCUGUGUCAGCGCAGCAGAGCGGUCGGCAGCACUCACGAGCAGCAGUGCCUUUGCUUCCAAAAAAUCCCAACAGAUGCUGAAACAGGGUGAAGAGAAGGAGGGAGAGGAGGAAGAGGAGGACGAGCUUCUAUCUCUCAUCCCGGCUUACAGCAAGGAAGGCAGGGAGGGCGAAGGAGCAGGGGGAGCAGGGGGAACAGCAGCAGGGGACGGGGGAGCAGGUCUGAACGGGCCUGACUGCGCAAUCCUCGUGUUUCUCCCGGGGUGGGAGGAAAUCUCCCGACUGAGAGACCGGCUGCUGGGGUCCUCAGUCUUUGGAGACCCGACGCGGUUCCUGAUACUGCCGCUGCACUCGAAGAUUCCGAUGCCGGAUCAGCGGAAGGUGUUUGAACGGCCGGGGCGGGGCGUGAGGAAGAUUGUGCUCACGACGAACAUCGCGGAGACGGCGCUGACGAUCGAUGAUAUUGUGUUUGUGGUUGAUUCCGGAAGGUUGAAGGAGAAGAGCUACGACGCGCACACCAACGUGUCUACCCUGCAGGUCUGUUGGGUGUCCAAAGCUAGUGCGCGCCAGCGGCAGGGAAGGGCAGGGCGGUGCAGGCCGGGGGUGUGCUUCCAUCUCUUUUCACGCACGCGAGCUGGGUCUCUGCCGGAAUUUCAGGCGCCGGAAAUCAAACGCACGCCCCUGGAAGAGCUUUGCUUGCAGAUCAAGAUUCUCGACCCUUCACUGGAUAUCCCUCUCUUUCUCUCAAAAGCCCUCGAGCCGCCCGUCCCCGCCGCAAUAACCAACGCCGUCGCUCUCCUGCAAGACAUCGGCGCCUUAGACCCCCACCAAUCACUUACCCCCCUCGGCGCCCACCUCGGCGCCCUCCCCCUCCACCCAGUCACCUCCAAAAUGCUCCUCCACUCGAUUCUCCUGGAUUGCCUCGGCCCGGCUCUUACUGUUGCUGCUGCCAGCACGUAUCGUGACCCUUUCCAGAUGCCUAUAGGGUUGGAUCAGAAGCUAAAGGCGAUUGCUGCAAGACAUGCGUUGGGGAAUUCGAUGGGCGGGUAUGGGGAUCAUUUGGCGUUGAUUGCCGCGUUUGAUGGGUGGGCUCAGGCGAGGACGAGAGGGGGGGCUCGGGCCGCGGAUGCGUUUUCCCGGGGGAAUUUCUUGUCGCCAGGUGGGAUGAAUAUGAUCUCUGGGCUGCGGAAGCAGCUGCGAGGAGAGCUGCUGCGGAAAGGGUUUCUAGGGAGUCCGGCAGUGGUAGUGACGGCCCGAGGCGAGAAGGUUCGGAUCCAUCCGCACUCGGUCAACUGCCGAGCCUUGCACCGAGGCGCGGAGGCAGGUUCGGGAUCGGCUGGCGGCGCUGGGGAGAGCGGUGGUUCGGAGAGCAUUGAGGAAUCAUCUCGGCCGUUGAUUGUGUUUGAUGAGAUCGUGAGGGGCGAGGGGAACCAGACGAUCAGAUCGUGUACUGUUGUUCGUCCCCUCUCUCUCAUCCUGAUUGCGUCUGAGAUGGUAGUGGCUCCCCUAGGGCCUGCGAAGGCUGGGGGAGAGGAGGACGAGAACGGGGAGAAAGGAGAAGAGGAGGGAGAAGGGAAUGGAGAAGGGGAGGGAGAAGGGGAGGGAGAAGGUAAGGCAGAGGAGAGUGGUUCAGGGGUGGAGGUGCGGAAGCGGAAGAGACGGCAACGGGUGCGGCGGGAAGCGGGGCAGGAGAGAACACAGUUAGGCCAGGGAGAAGCAGGAGCAGUGGGGGAAGGAAGCGGACCAGCUAACAUGGAUUUAGGAAAGGGAGAGAAGGAGGGGGGUGAGGGCGACGGGCGGAAGGAGGGAGAGGAGGAGGAGGAGGUGGUGGAGGAAGAGGAGUAUGUUUCAGGUGCGGAAGAUGAGGAGGGAGAGGAGGAGGAGGGGCCAGUGGUGAGGCCGAACCCCAAGAGUGCGAGGGAAAGGAGGAGGAAGUUGCAGGAGGAGGUUAUGAGCGAUCCUGGCCGUGAGAUCGUGAUCGUGAUCGAUCGAUGGCUGAGAUUCCGCGCCACGGCCAUGCUGGCGGCUCAGCUGUUCUGCCUGAGGGAGAGGCUGGCUGCAUGUUUUGCCACCAAGGUCCAUGAUCCCAGGAAACCGCUCCCUCCCCUCCAAGCACUGACACUGUACACGAUCGCCUCCCUCCUCUCAUUCGAAAACUACAUGCUUCCGCCUCCAGCCAGCGAAUCAGCACCCUCUGGUUCGGAAGGGGUAGUGGUUGGCGAGGAGGGGGGGGAGUGGGAAGGGGUGGUGUGGGGUUUGGUUCAAGGGGUAGAGGUAGGAGUGGUUUAG